AUGCCGCAGUUUAAGAAGGAAGGACUUACCAAUGCGGGCAUUUGGAAACCGAUUAAAUUCUCAAACUGGGCAUCUCCUAUAGUCCUAGCGCAAAAAGCAGAUGGGUCUAUACGAAUUUGUGGGGAUUUCAAGCAAGUAGUUAACGCGCAAAUCGAUAUCGAGCGGUUCCCGUUGCCAACACGGGAAGCCUUGUUUCAUGCUAUUCGCCACGGUAAGCAAUUUUCGAAAAUUGACCUUAAGGACGCGUAUCUUCAGAUGGAACUCGACGAUGACUCGAAAACCAUAAUGGUUGUCAACACGCCGCUGGGCCUAUUCCAAUAUCAACGCCUACCCUAUGGAAUAGCUAGCGCCCCAGGAUGUGGUAAUUAUCUGGACGACAUCAUAAUAACCGCGUCAACCUUCGAUGAACACAUACAGCGCCUCGAGUUUGUACUACAAAUUCUGCAAAACAGUGGCAUCAAGUGCAAAAAAGAAAAGUGCUCGUUCCUGCAAGAUACAAUUGAAUAUCUUGGGCGCCAAGUGAGUGCUAAGGGCAUACUACCCGACGGAAGUGGUCUGAUAGCGCUGGCGGCCCCAAUAAACAUGCUGCGCCGUAAAAAGGUUAGUUUUAGUUUGGGACGAGCGCAACAGAAGGCAUUCUUAGCGCUUAAAUCACACAUACUCAACGCAGCACAACUAGCGCAUUUCGAUGACUAG